AUAGCAAUAAAUUGGAACGUCCCGUCCCGACUGGAGUUUGUUCGGAGCAACAACAACUAGGAAUCAGGGCAAUGUCUUCCUCCAUGUCUCUGCUGCUUGGCCCAUCCCCGCUCCCUACUCUCUUCAUCAUACUCAUCCUACCUCUCUCUUUACUACUGCUGCUCCGUCUAGGACUCAAAAGAAACAACCUCCGUGCAAGGACCCAUGGCAUGCCCCCUUCCCCGCCCAAGCUUCCCUUCAUAGGCAACUUCCAUCAACUCGGCUCGCACCCUCACCGCUCCCUCCACGCCCUGUCGCAGAAGCAUGGCCCCCUCAUGCUGCUGCACUUGGGUCAGGUGCCAACCCUCGUGGUCUCGUCGCCGGAUGGCGCCCGAGAUGUCAUGCGCAACCACGAUCAAGUCUUUGCCAGCCGGCCUGCUCUAAAGCCGGUCAAAGUCCUCUUCGGCGGGACGACGGACGUGGCGUUUGCGCCCUACGGUGACUCCUGGAGGCAGCUUAGGAAGAUCUGCGUCUUCCACCUCUUGAGCUCCAUAAGAGUGCAGUCUUAUCGGCUCAUUAGGCUGGAGGAAGUGGAUUUCAUGAUCCGGAAGAUCUCCUCCCAAGCUUCGCCGACGACGAGCGUCGACAUGUCCGAGAUCUUUUACUACUUCGCCAACGAUAUAAUAUGUCGAGUUGUUUCGAGGAAGUUGAACAGAGAAGAGGGGAGGAACGUGCUGUUCCGCGAGCUGAUCCAGGAGUUUUCGGUGCUACUGAGCAAGUUCUACGUGGGGGACUACUUCCCAUGGCUGGGUUGGGUGGAUGUAUUGUUUGGCUCUAUGGAGAGAGUCAACAAGUCCAAGAAGAGAUGGGAUGAUUUGCUUGAUGGGGUGAUCCAAGAACACGAAGAUCGAUCAGCAGCUGAAGGUGAUGAUGGUGAGAAGGACUUCGUGGAUGUUCUGCUCUCUCUUCGGGAGGAUCGAGGAGGGAAUCAUGCUCUCCUGACUCCACAAACCAUAAAGGCACUUCUGAUAGAUAUAUUCAGUGGUGCUACCGAGACAGUAUAUGUUGCCCUGGAGUACGCCAUGGCGGAGCUCCUCCGGAAUCCAAGAAUGAUGGCAAAAUUACAACACCAAGUGCGAGGGAUAGCGAGCAGAACAAAAGGAACGGUGAAAGAGGAGGAGUUGGACGAGAUGGUGUACCUGAAAGCCAUCAUCAAGGAAGUAUUACGUCUAUACCCGCCGGCCCCGCUAUUGGUUCCACGAGAGCUGAUGGAGGAUUGUCAAAUACAAGGAUACAACAUUCCCAAGAAAACACGAGUGAUCGUGAAUGCAUGGGCCAUAAGCAGAGAUCCAAGCCAUUGGGAAGCACCUGACGAAUUCAAACCCGAGAGGUUCAUGGGGGACGGUGCAAUGGACUUCAAGGGAAACGAUUUCGAGUUCAUUCCGUUCGGAGCAGGAAGGAGAAUUUGUCCUGGAAUGGGCUUUGCAAAUGCCUCUUUAGAGCUCGCACUGGCAACCCUGGUUUAUCACUUUGAUUGGGAGUUGCCUGGUGGAAUGACAGGAGAGGAUGUGGACAUGAGUGAGGCUUUUGGGGUAGUGCUCCAAAGAAAACAAAGACUGCAUCUUGUUGCUAAACCAUGGAGUAUUGGGCAAGAGGAGCAGCACCUCUAACUCACUCAUUCUCUCUCUCUCUCUCUCUCUCUAUCUAUCUAUCUAUCUAUCUAUCUAUCUAUCU